AUGACAGGGCUGAGUCUGAGAGAUUUAUCAGAUGUCGAUUUUGAAGACAAUGAGAUCAGCAUCAACGUUGGAGGCUUUAAGAAAAAGAUGAGAUCCAACACACUGUUGAGGUUCCCAGAAACCAGGCUGGGCAGGUUGCUGAGCUGCCGUUCCAAGGAGUCCAUUUUAGAGCUUUGCGAUGAUUACGACGACACCAAAAAUGAGUUCUACUUUGACAGGAACCCCGAACUUUUCCCAUAUGUGCUGCAUUUUUAUAACACUGGAAAGCUUCAUGUGAUGGGUGAGCUCUGUGUGUUUUCCUUCAGCCAGGAGAUUGAAUAUUGGGGGAUCAAUGAAUUCUUCAUUGACUCUUGCUGCAGUUACAGCUACCAUGGAAGGAAAAUGGAACCCGAUCAAGAGAAAUGGGAAGACCACAGUGACCAGGAAAGCACCGCCUCCUCCUUUGAUGAGAUCUUGGCCUUCUACAAUGACGCUGCUAAAUUUGACACACAACCUUUGGGGAAAGUCAGGCGGCAGCUAUGGCUAGCUCUAGACAACCCUGGCUAUUCCGUCUUGAGCCGAAUCUUUAGUGUCCUUUCCAUCAUGGUGGUUCUGGGGUCCAUCAUCACCAUGUGCUUGAACAGCCUCUCAGACUUUCAGAUUGUUCACAGCAAUGGGAAUUCUGAAGAAGACCCCCGAUUUGAAAUUGUGGAACAUUUUGGUAUUGCAUGGUUCACCUUUGAGCUGGUGGCAAGAUUUGCAGUGGCACCAGACUUCGUGAAGUUUUUUAAGCAUGCACUAAAUCUGAUUGAUCUCAUGUCCAUCCUUCCAUUUUACAUCACUUUAAUUGUUAACUUGGUGGUGGAAAGUAGCCCUGCUUUAGCUAAUUUAGGUAGAGUAGCCCAAGUCCUGAGGCUCAUGAGGAUAUUCCGCAUCUUAAAACUUGCUAGGCAUUCAACAGGCCUUCGAUCCCUCGGAGCCACUCUCAAGUAUAGCUACAGGGAGGUAGGGCUUCUUUUGCUGUACCUCUCAGUUGGGAUCUCUAUAUUCUCUGUAGUGGCUUACACAAUUGAGAAGGAAGAAAACAGGGGCCUAGAAACUAUCCCUGCUUGCUGGUGGUGGGCUACAGUUAGCAUGACCACAGUUGGCUAUGGAGACGUUGUCCCCGUGACAACUGCAGGCAGGCUGACAGCUUCCGCCUGCAUCCUAGCCGGCAUCCUGGUUGUCGUACUUCCAAUCACACUCAUCUUCAACAAAUUCUCUCAUUUUUAUAGGCGCCAAAAGCAGCUAGAAAGUGCAAUGCGGAGCUGCGAUUUUGGCGACGGGAUGAAAGUGGUCCCUUCUGUCAAUCUAAGGGAUUACUAUGCCUAUAAAGUGAAAUCUCUUAUGGCCAGUCUCACAAACAUGAGCAGAAGCACUCCCAGUGAAUUAAGCCUCAAUGAUUCACUGCAUUAG